AUGGACGUCACUGACACGAGAACGAUACUCAUCAACGACGACGUCCCUGACCUCCCCGCCAUUGCCGAGAGGAUGGCCACGACGACGGCGAGGCUGGAGGCCGAUUUCUCCAAGGUGGAGAGCAAGAUCCACCGGUUCCCCGGCAGCCUGCGAGGAAUCGGCGGCGACAACGAUCGCUACAUCGUCCCCAGCGUGGUGGCCAUCGGGCCGUACCACCACGGCGCGCCGCACCUGCACAAGAUGGAGGAGGUCAAGCUCGCGGCGGCCUACUACCUCUGCGGGGCCUCGGGCCGCUCCACCGCGGAGGUGUACGAGAAGUACAUGGUCGCCGGCGGUGACGUCGAGCACGACGCGACGGCGCUCGUGCUGCAGAACCGGAUGACGCUGUCCACGGGGCCCAGUAUCCAGAAGGACAUCUUCCUGCUUGAGAACCAGAUCCCCUGGCUGGUGCUCGACGCGCUCGCGGAGUUCAUGUUCGUCGACGUGGGCGGGUUCGUCACCGGGAUGGGCGACAAGUUCCUCCCCUUCCCCAGGAAGGCAAGGAAGCCGGAGGAUGGCCGCUGCUGCCGCCGGGGGAUGCGCUGUGGAUGCAUCCCGACGGCGCUGGCCAAGACGACGCGGCCGUCCGAUGAAGAAAGCCGCGGCGUCGUCGGCAGCACCGAACAGCACAAGCCGCCGCCGCCGCCGCCGCCGCAUCUCCUCGGUCUGCUCAGGUUUACUCAGGUGGGCUGUAUGCCUGAUAAUAAGAAGAACUACACGGGCGUCUCGUCGUCGUGGUCCAGCAGCGCCGUGGAGCUCGCGGAGAUGGGCGUCGUCCUCACGCCGAGAACGGAGGUCUGGUUCGGGGACAUGAGCCUCCGGCGGCGCUGCCUGUACGGCGAGCUGUCGCUGUCGCCGGUGUUCCUGAGCGACGUCACCGCGUGCUGGCUCGUGAACAUGGCGGCGCUGGAGGCGAGCACCGCCGGCGCGGCCAGGGACACGGACGGUUUCGUGGUGAGCUCGUACCUGUCGGUGCUCGCGAUGCUCAUGGACCGCAAGGAGGACGUGCACGAGCUCCGGCGGCGGGGCCUGGUGCACGGCGCCCUCAGCAACAAGCAGGCGCUGGGCUUCUUCAAGGGCCUCGGCCAGCACCUGCGCUUCGGUCGCCGCUACUUCACCGCCCUGGAGGAGAUUGACUCGUACAAGCGCCACAGGUCGGUGAGGAUCAAAGCGUACAAGUUCGUCUACAACUACUGCAAGUUCAUCGCCGCCUUCCUGUCUGUCACCGGCGUGCUCAUCGGCAUCUUUAAGACCCUUCUCUCACUCAAGCGCCAUUGCUAA